CACACUCCAAAGCUUUGUAGCUGCGUACUAAGUUAUCAUCAUGCAACUCGACAAGUGUUGCGUUCGUUUCGUGUUCAACACAUAUGGCGUUUUAGGCUCAAAAGUUAAACUUUACAACGUAUUUAGAUUAGAAUCAUGAAAAUGACCAAAAGUUGAAGAUGAAUAUCGCGUAAAUUUUGUGUCUAGAGGAUGGGACAGCACUUUCAGAGGUCUCUAAUAAUGCCCACUUGUUCAGUUGUUCUCACGUUGUUUCAAUUUGGGAUGUUUACCUACAUAAUACAGGCGUCAUAAUUCACUCCCCCUUAAGCUAAGCUUAAGUUAGUACGAGAAAAUUUCAACCUUUUCUUUAUCGAUCGUUUUCUCCAUCAUGGAAUGAAUUUUUGGAAUUGGAACGGUCUCCUUUCAAUUUACUGAAAGGUCAAAUAUGGUGUAAAGCUGUCCCCUUCUAACACUUACAGGUGCCGCCUCGCAUUCAAUACGAAUUUGCAUAAAUUCAUAUCAGCCAUUUUUUAAGCCAUUUCAUUCUAUUGAUGAUUAUACACCAUUGUACUAGGUAAUAAUAUACUUGCCCCUGUUUUUCUCUUAUGCUCAAUGUCACAGUAUGUAUGUUUGUAAUUUUUUGUAUGCCAUUGUUCACUUCGACAAUUAGGACAAAUUAACAAACAGUUGGGAGUCAAGGAAUCAAUCUCUGUGCAUUUGCAUUGUUUUUCCCCCCAUAGUGAAAGUUGGGUUUAAUGUCACAUGACAAAGAGACAAGACUCCCCAUUUGUUCUAGUAUUUUGUUUGCUUCCUCCUUUUCUUUUUUUUUUUUGGUUAUUAUUCUUCCAUUUUGUUAAAGUUCUUCCUUUUUUCCUUGUUUUUUUUUAUCUUUUCCAUAAAGAAAAAAUUGAACAAUAAUUUGUGGCUUUGUGCCACCACCAAAGAUUCGAAAAGGAAUUGAAAAGCCAGAAAAAGGGAUAAUAGAAGAAACCGCGUAGAUUUUGUUUGGGUGUUGUAUGUGGGUUUCCUUGAUGAUGUUGGAUUCUUCGUACCAAAUAAAAGAGAAAAGGGUGAUGAGGGAUUCAUCAUGAAAAAAGCCGCUUAAAUUACAACUUACCGAACUAUACAGACUAACGGCAUGUUUCGCUCCACUCAGAAGCCACCACCACCACUUCCUCCUCCUCUUCCGCCACCUCCACCCGUUCUAACCAGGCUGGUCCCUGCAUCGUACGGCAAUCCGCCACCAUUCUUGAAAAUUCAAUUCUGGCCAACCCAAUUUGAAUUUAAACAUUCCCAAAUCCUUUUCUUCCACUUAGCCCACCUUUUAUCCUCAUCCCACCAAACUUUAUUUUUCAUCCUGCUCCUGGGUUGCGCCUCAUUCCCAUUGAAUUGUGGAUAGAACCUGCUUACUCUUCAAUUGAACAUCGGAACAAUUGAGGGUGAGAAGAUCACAUAUUCCAACUUGUUUUUCUUUUUUAGCUGUGAUCUGUUUUGCUGAUGCUACAUGUCAUUGUUAUUUAUCGUUUUGAUUAAUUGUUCUGGAUUGCUUGUUUGUUCUGCUUGUUGGAUUUGGGAUCAUCUUAUGCUGCAAAGUUGGAAUUUUAUUAUCCCUGUACUGCUUUGAGUAUUUGGGGAAUGAUUGUGAUCGAUUUCGAAACUUUACAGUAUAUUUUCUGUCUGAAAUGUAGUGUUUUCUUUCGUGUUUGUUUGUGCUACCAUCUUAUGUUUGUGCUUAGCGUGUGGAUGUGAAUGACUCAUUAUCCCGGGAAACUAUUGGUAUACAAGUAAUGUAUUGGUAUGAGAUCAGUAGCUUCGAAAAAGUGAUUUCCCUUUCCAAAACUAUCUAUAUAUGUAAGGGUAUCACCUUUCUUCCUAACUGAUUUACUUUUAUUAUAAAAAAAAAAUUUCUCCUGUUUCUUCCUCAUCCCUCCUCGCUUUGUUUUUUUGGUAAUAUUUGAGGUUGAUUCUGUCUUUAACAGUAAAGAGAGUAAGUUGAGGCAAUUAGUGAAAAUUUGCUGCUAGACAUCUGUGAUCUAAUUAGGAUCAAUAUGGUUAUUGACUGAAGUAUUGAAACAGGGUGUUUACUUUUUCAGGAUAGAAUAUCCUUCUUUUCCUUUUCGUUCUGACAAUUGUAAUUCUGGCUAUUGGUUAAGAAAAAAAGAGUGAUAAUUUUGCUAUGUAUUUUCCAUGGAUCAUGUAGAAAUAGGAAAUCCUGGGAACAGUAGUCUAUGAGAACUCAACUGCAACCCUGUAUAUAAAACGAAGUUGAAUAGGAUCUGUUUAUACCUUGUUCCGCUGCACCUUGGGUUGGCUUUUUCAAGAGAAAGAUUAGUGCUGCAAAGUUUGUAGCUUCUUAAUUAUUAAAAUGAGGAAUUGUAUAGCUAACAUUUUGAACGAUCUAGGUUUAGUUGCCCAUUCCAUAUGUCCGUGUUGGGAAUGCUGUAUAUGGGCAUGGAGUAACAGGAAAAUUAGUUAACCAACUAUAAGUAGUACAAAUAUAAAAGCUACUCGUCUAUUUUCUGCAUUUUGAAGAAUUUAAUUUAGUUAAGUUUCCUUGUAAGUUAGUGGCUUAACGUUUGAGCAUGCAGUACAUGUAAAUGUGUGCUUUUGAUGUGAGGAGAGUUGAAGACCUUAUGUAGUACAAGAACUUAGAAUGGCAGAUGAUGGACCAUGUUUUUGUGAAGAACAACGAGCACUGUCUUAUGCCCCUCUUCAUGUUUCUUUAGUUGGUCAAAUGGUUUCAAGAUGUUUGCUUUUGACUUGGUGACUGUCUUUAUUAUCAGCUUUUGUUAUUUUGUUGAUGUUUCUCUGUAAUUUUUGCUCUUUUCAGGUUUGAAAGUGCAGAUGUAAGAAUAUCUCUGUGAAUCUAGUGUAUGUGGGACUUCUUCCCUAUUAUUAUUCUUGGAGAGAGAGAGCCAUCUAGAAUCUGGAAGAUUGUUAGUCGAACUAAUUAUGUCUGGACGAGAAUCAGAAUCAUCUCUAUGGGAUUUUGAUAUUUUUAAUGUGGAUCAUGUUUUCACUAACAAUUAUUAUGGUCAUAAUAAUCAAUAUGACAUUAAUAUUUCCCGUGACCCAUAUAUUGGAGACGAUCAGUAUCCUUCAAGAUGCAACUGUAUUGAUUGUGAGGAGAUUACAACACAUCCUCUUCAAGAGGAGUUCUCUCAGUUAUCUAUUAUAGAGGCUCCCGAAUCCUUACACACUGGAGAUGAGUAUUUUCAAGACUCAAAUGUUCAAGAUUAUCACAGUCACUCCAGGGCUCACCAUUCAGGUUAUAGAUUUUGCACUGAAGAAGCAUAUGUUAGUAGACCUUCAAAUUCUUAUUCUAGUGACGGGGAGAGAUCAUGUGACGGGGAUGAAUACUCCUAUGACUUGGAAAUAACAGAUGAACUAGAGCUCGAUGGUGAAGUUGGCAAGAGGUUGAACCAAAUGGUCCCAAUUCCUCAUGUUCCUAGAAUUAACGGAGAUAUACCAUCUGUUGAUGAAGCCACUUCUGACCAUGAAAGGCUGCUAUACAGAUUGCAGUUGUAUGACUUAAUUGAGAACAAAGUUGAUGGAGAUGGAAACUGUCAGUUUCGGGCUUUAUCAGAUCAAAUAUAUCGUACCCAAGAACAUCACGAGUUUGUCAGGCAACAAGUUGUUGGUCAGCUAGAGGCUAAUCCGGAGAUGUACGAGGGAUAUGUUCCCAUGGAAUAUUCUGAAUAUUUAAGCAGGAUGUCAAAGAGCGGAGAGUGGGGAGAUCACGUCACUUUGCAGGCAGCAGCAGAUUCGUAUGGCAUGAAGAUUUUUGUGAUCACGUCGUAUAGGGACACUUGUUAUAUUGAGAUUCUUCCGAAGAUGCAAAAGUCAGAAAGAGGUAAAUAUCAUGGAGCUUUUCAGUUUAUUAGCUAAACCUGGACACAUUGAGAUAUCUUCGGCAUCAUGCAGCAUGAUAUCUCACUAUAAUGAAAAGAAGUAAUUGAACCCUAAUCAAUUAGGUAAAUUGGAUCUGUUCAUCCGUUUGUUCACUUGAUUUUAUGUUGUAAUCUCGGAAUAAAGCUCUGUUAGUAUAUCAUUUGGUACGUCACGGUUUUCUGAUAUGUAGAACGCUGAAAAUGUGUUUUGAGUUUCUUGCAUUGCAAGCUUGUGAUUAUCCUUACCAUCACGAUCACACGAACUCAGAACUCUUUCGAGCUUUGACUUGUGUUUCUGAUGUUUUAAUUGUCCCUAUACACGUUGCGAGCUUUGAGCUAGUAUAGGAUGAUACUGAGAUCAUUUCUGUUGCGCUGCUGGUGAUUUCAUAAAGGAGUUCCAUUUUUAAUUUUUUUUUUCUGAUGCAGUUAUUUACCUUAGCUUUUGGGCAGAGGUGCACUACAACUCUAUAUAUCCUCAAGGAGGUAGCUUUCUCUUGAUUUUAUCUUCUCUGCAAUUUCGCUAAAGCAGCUAAGAGUUUCUGUUUAGGUUUAGCUUUUAGUUUCUGAUUUGUGUUCAUACAUUUGUUUGCAGAUUUCCCUAUCAGCCUUGAUAUGAAGAAAAAGAAGAAGAGGUGGUGGAAGUUUGGAAAUAAGCAGUGAACUCUCUUUGGCCUCAACUAUUAUACACUUACUAGUUAUGAAAUAUUAUAAUGAAAAAGAUAUACACAAUGCAAUAUAUAGAAUUUUUCAUAGGUCAUUCUUUUUUUUUUCCUUUCCCACUUGCCUGCAAUUGAGUAGGUCUGUAUAUGCAUGCUGAUUUUCCAUGUUAAGCAUGCUUGGAGUUCCAUAAUAUUCUUUCCGGUAUUGAGUUUCGAAAGUUGUAGAUUGGAGAAAAAACGUUUGGGUAUAUGAUCAUUACAAUGUUCAAUGAAGCUCUGCAAAUCUGUUUGGCUUAUGUUUGUAGUGGAAGCUACAAACACACUCAUCUUUUUCAAAACCAGACAGUCUUCCUCUCGUGAAUAUAGGGCAUGCUUUGAAUGAGAGACCUCCCCGUAUUGCCGGACCUUUUUGCACUGCAUGUUUUGCAUUUGCCAUGCUUCCGUUUCGGUUUGAAGAUUGGAAAAAGCUUAUUUUUAACAUAUAAAGCUCGGGAAUUACCAGGGUUUCCUGUUUUAAACACGACUAACCCGGAAACUUUUUGAAGCCCAAAAAGAGUUACAUAAGCUGUAAUUGUAUAUAGUAGUUGUAGUGGAGGAGGGACCUAUAUUAAGUUAUUAAC